GUCACGUGCAGCAAGCUUUUGACACUGCGGGGGAGCCCUGUUGGAACUGAGGCUGGGGUCCCCGCACUGGCAACUACUUCUCUCCCUCCAGCUCUUCCCGGCGCUGUCGUGUGAAAUGGCCUUUCGAUGCUGACAGCAUGGUCUCACCGUCCCGAGGUCCUUUCGCCGCCCUUCGCGCACGAGCGUCCAACGCUUGUGACGCCUGCAGAACACGCAAGAUCAAGUGCGAUUCACAGUCGAUAAGUCCUUCGCAACCGUGCACAAACUGUCGUCGUACCGGUCGCCAAUGCAGAGUGGAUCCUGCGGCCAACCGCCGGCGUGCGGUGUCGCGACAGUAUAUUCACGAUCUCCAACAGCGCAUCAUCGAGCUGGAAGGCAGGUCGGAGCAUGCGGAUCCGGGAGAGUCUUCGCAUACUUUCAAUGAUGCCUUCAGAAGUCCCGACAGGCCUAUUGCGCAUCCCUUCGACUCUGCAGAACCACCGGUCCCCUCGGCUCCAGUUGCGUCCCAUCCGGACCCCAGCGAAACCGAUGGCAAUGGCCCGGACGUCGGCGCCUGCGGUGACGCUGGCAUAGUAGACAGCGAUGGCAACGAUGAUACCGCCUUCUUUGGUCGGACAUCGCUGGCGCAUGUCGGGUCUCCGAUCACAGAAGAUUGGGAAUCAGCCUCGAUUCCACGUGCGAGCCCCGAUAUCCUCAUCGACCCCAGCUCUGUCCAGCUUCGCGAGCACCUUCUCGCGUCGUUCUUCCAGUAUCAGGCCUUGUGGGUCGAGAUUGCGAAUAGGGAGAACUUUGAGGCCGCGAAGCUUCUGGGCCCCAGCCGCUGGUAUUCUGAUUUCCUGGAGAACGCCAUGCUAGCCUCUGCCACCCGACUGUCCACCUCCAAGGCCGUUAGAGCCCUUGGGCCUGAAUUUGCUCGACUGGCCAGGGCGGACAUGGCCAUGGCUUUGGACGAUCCAUCGCCAGCUUCCUUACAAGGCUUCCUCAUAUUAAGCGAGUUUGAAGUUACUCGUGGCCAAGACAGGAUCGGAUGGAUGUUUUGCGGUGCGUACUCCCUUGUCGUGCGUUCUGGCUUCUCGUUCCAUCCCGUCUUACUCUUGCUAGGCAUGGCGUGCCGAAUGAUCCCUGACCUAGGCUUGCAUGAUUUCGAAGACGCUCUUUCGUAUAGCGUGAAGAGGCUGGAGCUCGCGGCACCAGCCUCGAAACGCGACUUACUCUAUUCGCUUUGUUGCGCUUGCGUCGUGUACGAAACCGUCUGGUCUCUCUACCUUGGUCGCCCAAGCUCGAUCACGAAAGCCGUAAUUGACGCGGUAUCGAUCCGAUGCAAAGAGCAGCGCUUAUCCGACUCUCCGCAGCUCAAUGCCUGGGUCGGUCUGUGCAUUCCGACGCUCGAAGUGUCCCGAAUCCUGAACUGCGGAGAGCCGAUUGCGCCUGGAGACAGCCGUGUCCUCGCACAGCUGAACCAUGAGCUCGAAGACUGGCACGCACGCUUACCACCUGCGCUAACAUGGAGGAACAGGCGGAUCGGAGAGCUCGAUGCCACUGGCUACGGGCUUCACACGCAGUACUGCAAGCUGCAAAUGCUCAUCAACAAAGCCAUGGUUCCCGCACAUGACCGUCGAAGGCGGAGGGCUUCCACCUCGGCGGUGGCACAUGCGGCCACUCUGCCCGAAGAACAACGCCAUCUCGUGCACAAAUAUGCCACCUGUGUUGCCAACCUCUUUCUCACAUAUCGGGAGAUGUAUGGGGCAGGGCGCAUCCCUUCGAUCAUGCUAGACAACGCCAUCCUGGCUGCAACAUGCCUCAAGGAGGAGGGCGCUCGUGAAGCAAUCCAAUCGGAUGAGCGUGAUCGGGAUGCGAAACGCCUACGCUCUCUCAUUGGCGUUCUGGAGGAAGUGGAGCCGCACUUCCCAAUCACGAGGCGCAUGGUCGACACCUUGAAAGAGAGCCCCAGAACUGGCGAAGCCAGCGUUGUAACCACAGGGGCAGCGUCCAUUGGGCAGACCGUGGAGCUUGAUGCUCGGGCAGGGGCUGAAUCUCAGUUCUCGAUGGAAGAGCUUAUGCACGAGUCAUGGAUGGGUCUUUUUGAUGAGGCCACGUCAUCCGACUAUGUGCUGUGGGAGAGCAUAGAGAGCGAGAUGCCGGAGUUGAGUAAUACAUCAUGAAUCGCGGGCUAUUGGAACGUUGGAUACCCCACCUCGGCCGGCGUAAUCGGAAGAAAAGACAAGCAAGAACAGACUACGUACUUAACACGACCUCCCA